AUGCCGCGCCUCCCCGUCUCGGCGUCGUUGCUGGUGCUGCUGGGUGGCAUCGCCUCGUCUUUGGUCUUGCCGCUCGAGGGGCGCGAAUCCCUCUCGGGGCGGAGCCCCGGGCAGUUCCUAGCCGGCACCGAGAACCUCCUGGAUCAGAAGUGGGAAUCCAUCAUCACCGGCGUAGACGCCGUGGAGGAUGAAAGUCUCAAGGGCGUCCCCAAGUGGCUCGGCGGAGACCUCGCCUCGUACGUCCUGCGCUCGAGAACCGUCGAUCCCCAGUCCCUCAAGGUGGACAAGGUGAAGCAGUACAGCGGCUACCUGGACAACAAGGCCGUGGACAAGCACCUCUUUUUCUGGUUCUUUGAGUCGAGAAACGAUCCUGCCAAGGACCCCGUGAUUCUCUGGCUCAACGGCGGUCCUGGGUGUUCAUCUAUGAUCGGACUGUUCGCGGAGGUAGGCCCAGCUUCCAUACCCAACAAGGACCUGGAGCCGGUUCGCAACCCAAACUCGUGGAACAACAACGCCUCCGUCAUAUUCCUCGACCAGCCCGUCAACGUGGGCUACUCGCACAGCAGCCAGACGGUGGACACGUCGGCCGCCGCGGCCAAGGACGUGUACGCACUGCUCAACCUCUUCUUCCACAAGUACUCGCAGUACGCGAAGCUGCCCUUCCACGUCGCGGGGGAGUCGUACGCCGGGCACUACAUACCCGCCAUCGCGCAGGAGAUACUCGACGCCAAGAACCCCCUCAUCAACCUCAAGAGCAUCAUGAUCGGCAACGGGUUGACGGAGCCGCUCACGCAGUACCAGUACUACAAGCCCAUGGCGUGCGGCGACGGCGGCUACCCGGCCGUGGUCAACGAGACGGGCUGCAAGGCCAUGGACGACCUCUGGCCGGGCUGCCAGAAGCAGAUCCAGCAGUGCUACCAGGCGGGCAGCAGCGCCGAGACGUGCGCGAGCGCCACGACGACGUGCAACGCCCUCUUGGACAUUUACGCCACGUCGGGGCAGAGCAUCUACGACGUGAGAGGCCCUGCCGGCGAGGGCCAAAACUCGUACGGGCUCGAGUACCUCAACUCGGAAAAGGUCAGGAGGGCGCUGGGGGCCGAGGUGAAGACGUUUGAGGCGUGCAACAUGACCGUCUACAACAGCUUCAUCAAGGCGGGCGACUGGAUGCGGCCCUCGUCCUUCCAGGUGGUGCAGGCGCUCACCAAGAUCUCGGUGCUCAUCUUCGCCGGCGACGCCGACUUCAUGGGCAACUGGCUGGGCAACCGGGCGUGGACCGACGCCCUGUGGUGGCCGGGCAAGGGCGACUUCAACAGGGCCGAGUCGAAGCCCGUGGCCGUGGCCGGCAAGAACGACGGCUACGGCGAGAUCAAGACGGCCAGCAACCUCGCCUUCAUGCGGGUGUACAAGGCCGGCCACACGGUGGCGACGUAUCUGCCGUCGGAGGCGCUGGACAUGAUGCGGCGCUGGACACAUGGUGAGUGGGCUCGCAUGUGA